UUUUAUACGUUCUCUGAAUUUGGGGGGGGGGGAUAAUAAAGAGAAAAAAAAAACAACAACCAAAAACCAACAAUCUCAGAUUUGUGGAAACAAUGAAUAACUUUUAAAUUAAACAAGAAAUAACAAAACAACAAUUCCGUAAUCUAGAAUUCACUAUACAAGAUUACACUGAAAAAAUAUUACCAAUAAACAUGUUUAAAUUCCUCAUUUUGGGGGGAAAGCGACUGAUUUUGCACACGAAAAAAAAUCUCAGAUUUCUUGAAACAAUGAAUAACUUUUAUAUUAAACUAUAAAUGACAAAACAAACAAUUCCAUAUUUUAUAAUUUAUUAUAUGUACAAGAUUACACCGAAAAAAUCUAACCAAUGAAUAUGUUAAGAAUUCCUCAUGUUGGGGGAAAACAACUGAUUUUCAAACAAAAAAAUCACAGAUUUCUGGAAACAUUGGUUUCUUUGAUAUACCUGUAAUACCUUACAUAAGAAAAAUAACGAUGCAAUGAUUUGCACAACAUUGGUUGCAAAUAUCAAAAGUAUCCGAUGAUGCAAGAGUAACUUCUUUAAUGCUUAUGCAAGGUGAAGAUAACGAACAGUGAUCAAUCUCAUAACUCCUAUAAGCAAUACAAAAUAGAUAGUUGGGCAAACACGGACCCCUGGACACACCAGAGGUGGGAUCAGGUGCCUAGGAGGAGUAAGCAUCCCCUGUUGACCGGUCACAUCCGCCGUGAGUCCUAUAUCCUGAUCAGGUAAACGGAGUUAUCCGCAGUCAAAAUCAGUGUGUCAAGAACUGCUUAGCAAUCGGUAUGAAACACGUCAGACAGUAUUUGACCCAAUGCUAGGUUGUAUUGACGAAAUAGAUCGUUAUAACGACCAUAGAAUUUGCGAAAUGCUGACUUCAAUCGAGACUGUUGAAACCCCUGUACCAUCAACUUGUUUAUCAGUAGCUUACCUCGAUAUGAAAUUGAAACUGAAUGGAACAGGAAACCCUUUGCCAAAAUUGUAAAUUUCAUUAUUCCAGGUUAGGGUUUGUGGUGCCAGGAUGGGACCAAAAUGGUCACAAUGAUUAAAUGUCUUUAUCAUUUGAAGGACUCCUUUAAUGUUUCUGAUACUAUAUAAAAGCUAAAUGCAUAUAUAGGAAAACAGAAAGGAAUAUACCGAAAUUUUUAAUUCUAGAAUUUUUGACUCAAGGACAGGACCUAAAUAGUCAUGAAGUGUUACAUAACAUACUAGUGUACAUGUGUAUCAUAAUUUGCAUCAUCGGAUACCAUCGUUAUUUCCAACCAAUGAAAAUUGUCCUUACUUUAAUAGAAGAAACAUUUUGCUUAUUUGUAGUCAGUUUUCAAUGUUGAAAUAUGACCCCACCACUUGUCCGAGAUGUGGACUGUACAGAAAACAUUUUGUACAUUGAGGGUCAUUUUUCAAUGUUGAAAUUUGACCCCACCAGAAAUGAGCUCUUGAAAAUAACAUGUCUAAGGGUAAUUUUAAACAAGGGUCACAAUUUCACGCUGGGGAGGGUAGUUAAUUAACGGUCUGGAUCAAUUUUCAACGUUGACAAUUGAUCAAACAUUCGUUGAAAAAUGACCCCUGGGGUCACUAUUUAAUGUUACACUGGCGUGAUGUGUUAAAGUUCAUAUCCUCGUGUAUAAAACACUGUGUUUAAUACGGUCCUCAAAAUCUUGCCUCAAUAUUCCCAAAAUUACUUUGCAAAAAACUUGAAUUAUUUCACACUGUUGCUUUGUUAUUACUUCUAAUUCACUUUCUGGUACCAUUCUAAUAUGAGUGUUAACGUAUGUUAAAACGUCCACAAACGGAAGGAAGUAAGACGGCAAGCGACCUUCCUUGGCAAAAGUAAGCAGUUUUUCGUAAAUUUUUAUGGUUAGUUCCAAAAGACUGUAGGAAGGAAUGUCACCGCUUUCGUUUUUCUCUUCGUGUAAUACAUGGAAUAAACACGUCUUUAACAUAUAGCUCGAAAUAUUCUCCGAAGCAUACAUGACGUCACCGCCUUCCCAUUCAAAUUCAUCCGACGAAUCAUCAUCCAUUUCACAAGAUGACAUGCUCUCUUCAUUUAUGUCGUUCCCGUCGACAGAUAUUUGUGUGCCUGAUGACUGUUCAUCUGUAUUUAUAUCGUUCCCGUCGACAGAUAUUUGUAUGUCUGAUGACUGUUCAUCUGUAUUUUUCUCUUCUGAGUUUGUACCAUCCAUACCAUCGGGGUUCUCUUCAAGCGCCAUGGGGUUGAAAUAAAUCAAUUUGUUUCUGUUAUUUUCAAAUACUGAUGUUUUAAAUUUCAUUCCCAUGUUUUCGUCAAUGAAUGUCUUAUUCUUUGACUCCGUUUUAGCUUUGUCUUUUGGGGUGAAUAUCUUUCGAACAUUGUUUGUUUCAUCAAUUUCCACGAGCCAGGGUACAAUACGGUUGCGUCCAGAAUUUUGUGCUUUAUUUUCAGUACCUUCAGUUUUGUCUUCUGAAACUUCAGAGGCUAGAGAAUUACUAGAUAGCUGUGUGUAGUAUAGUUUGUCUCCCCCUUCAUUUUGGGUCAUGUGAGCAGCCUCUAGUAUACCGUCAGAUUUUCCAUGUUCUUUAAAUUCUGUGUCAUUACCUUCAUCAAACUGAACUUUGGGGGGGAAAUUGUCACUCUUUAAAAUUUUUGCUACUGCGUAACUUUCAGUACAAAUGUGAGGAAGGCUUUGUAAGUACAAUCUAUCCAUUAGAGAGCUAGAAAUUCUCACUAACUGCUUACUGUCGCUUUCAUUCCAUUUACGGCAUUCAGGUGAAUGGAAUAUUAGCAAAUAUUUUGCAUCAACAGACCACGUGGACUGCUUGUUACUCAAUUCCCUAGGCCUCCAAUCCUUUACCAUAGCACCUGGAACAAUAUCAACACCGACUACCAUGUGCUUCAUUAUGCGUCCAAACCAAUGGAUAUCAAGCUUUAUAACUGGCUUGUCCGACGGGUACCCAAGUAGACCGUCAAAAUACAAAUGUUCUGAGGUCCAAAUCUCUGGAGUGUUCAGAGCACAAGUUACUAGAUCUUGAAAAGUAUCUCGAACAAGAUCUGCGGAGAGGAUCUUGCCUUCGAGGAAUGGCUCAAACUUCUCUAUACUUUCACACGACUCAAUUUUCAAUCGAACAAACCCACUAUUCAAAAUGUCGUCAUCUUGACACGGUACACAACAUUUUGAAAAAUUAUCCAAGCAAAACAAAAAAUCAAAUUCGUCUGGAUCCCCUAUUUUUGUGCCUUCUGACGAACUUCCUGUUGGGUAAACAGUGCAGGAAAAUAGUGGAUUCAAUUUUCCUACUACAUUGGCUAUUUUCUGCAUGAGGAUUACUAUUUCUGAUGUUAUUUGUCUUGAUUCAGGUCUUAAUGUUGUCAUUCCUAACCUUGGAGAAUUCACAAGUGAUGACAGAAGAUAAGUGGGAUCAUCUUUGAUUCCUAAACAUUUAGCCAACACUUUCGUCAUGUUGUCCGUGUCUGCUUGAUUAAUGACAAAUCUACAAUACUUUGUGUCAUACUCAGCUCGAGUAUCCUUUGCAUAUGAUUGACCAAGCAGGUCGUAAACAUUACUAUUUCCAACGUGCACUGCUAGGUCCAAAGGCGAAUAUCCAUUGCUAUCCACUAUAUUCACAUCCGCGCCAUGUUGAAUUAACUCGUUGAUUACGGUGGGGUCUCCAUACCAUGCCCCGUAGUGAAGAACCGAGGAACCAUGCUUGUCUACUUCAUUGCAGUUAACCCCAGCUUCUAGAAAUUUUUCAACUAAUGGAGGGUAUAGAGAAAACUUUUGUGAUAUAACAAUAGUUGAUUGUGGAAGAUCUUCGGGGGUGUAAAGUGCAACAUUGGUGAUAGGAGUUCUUCCAAAGUUAUCUUUCAUGCAAAAAUCGGCGCCAAAUUGCUUCAGCAAAUCAAAGCAAUCGUUAUUGAAGACACGGAAUACACAUGUUUGACCGAAAAUGUCCUUUUGAUUUGGGUUUGCCCCAGCUUUUAGCAGAAUCUCUACAAUUUCUGUUCGUCUUCUCAAGAUUGCUUCCAUGAGAGGCGUGGUUCCUAUCAAAGAGGAAGUGUUGACAUCAGCACCGCAGCUGAUCAUCAAUUUUACUGUUUCAGCAAAACAAUCGGAAUUCCCAAUAUAUGUGUAGAACGCCGAGUAUCCACUGCGUUCUUUUUUAUUUAAAAGUGCACCACAAUUACAUUUCAGGAUUUCCCCACGAAGAAAACUGUGAAUAAACUCUUCCUUUUCUUGGAGCAAUUUCUGAUAAUCCUCUUUCUCUUUAAUGUUGUCACUGAAGUCGGACAUAAACAAAUGAAAAAAUGAGUACCCAUCCACAUUAUGCGUUUCCAUGACGCAACGUUUGGUGCGGGUCAAAAGGGUGUCAAAAUGGUGGGCAUGGAACAAAUGGACUGCUGUGUUGGAGAUGAAGCCAGGGUUAAAAAAGAAAUCCUCACUCUUAACCACCCCAUUGAACACGGUAUCGUCACCAACUGGGACGACAUGGAGAAGAUCUGGCAUCACAUCUUCAAUAAUGAACUCCGUGUGAUCCCAGAGGAACACCCCGUCCUCUUGACUGAGGCCCCACACAACCCCAAGUCCAACAGGGAAAAGAUGACACAGAUCAUGUUUGAAACCUUUAACUCUCCCGCCCUGUAUGUCGCUAUCCAGGCCGUACUAUCCCUGUACGGUACCGGUCGCACGAAUGGUAUUGUGAUUGACUCUGGACAUGAUGCAUCUCACUCAGUACCCAUUUACGAAGGUCAUGCCCUUCCUCAUGCAGUGAUGAAACUGAAUCUUGCUGGACGUGACCUAACCAGUUACCUAAUGAAAAUCCUCACCGAACGUGGUUACACCUUUACAACUGCAGCUGAAAGAGAAAUCGUAAGAGACAUUAAAGAGAAAUUGUGCUAUGUUGCUUUGGACUUCGAGCAGGAGAUGGCAACUGCUGCAUCCUCAUCGUCCUUGGAGAAGAGUUAUGAACUUCCUGACGGUCAGGUUAUCACCAUCGGAAACGAGCUAUUCAGGUGCCCAGAGGCUCUGUUUCAACCAUCCUUCCUUGGAAUGGAAUCUGCUGGUAUCCAUGAAACCACAUUCAACAGUAUCAUGAAGUGUGAUGUUGAUAUGAAUAUAAAAGACUUGUACGCAACCAUAGUAUUAUCUGGUGGUUCGACUAUGUACCCUGGUAUUGCUGACCGUAUGCAGAAAGAAAUCACAGCUUUAGCUCCCAGCACAAUGGAAGUCGAGAUCAGUGGCGCAGAAGAUAGGAAAUACUCCGUCUGGAUCGGUGGUGUCACCUUUGCUUCUCACUCCACCUUCGAGCAGAUGUGCAUCAGCAAAGAGGAAUAUGAGGAAUAUGGUCCAUCCAUUGUAUACAAAAAAUGUUUUUAAGGGAGUUAGCUACUGAGCUUUUGAGCACAACUACGCAGGAUGCCAUAACUAAAUAUUUAUUGGAUCAAUACUGAUCCCAUUGGUGCAAACACAUUACGCAUCUAUUACUGAACCCUAUCAAGUUGACAUUUUUGUGUUAAUUAAGAUUUUGAAAGGGUUUGGCAUAUUUAUUUGGCCGAAGGAUUGAUUAAUCAAGAAUUUCUAAAUUUGCAUAUUUAAGUCUCCCAAAUGAAGUUUGGAGACUUAUUGUUUUUGCUCGGUUCUUCUUCUGCUUCUUUCUCGCACUUAAAACUGUCCGACACCGUUCUCCGUAACCAGUCUAUAAAAGUUAUAGACAUUCAAAGAUAUGAUAGAUCAAUGUAUCUAGAUGUGCAGAAAUGUUUCUGUUUUCAGAUUGAAGGGGGUUAGGGUAUAUUUUUGUGGGAUGAAAUGUGAGUUGGGUUUAACAUAGAACUCUAUGGGAAAAAAUUAAUUCCAAAAUUCAACAGAUAUAACUUGACAAAUAUGAUAGAUAGAGUCCUGGGGUCUUCGGAUAUAAAUAGAGAAUGACAGGGCCUACAAAUUAGAAUCAAGGUCAAGUGACUGCAGUGACCUUGACCUCUGGCCAUGAACAUAAACACUAGUAUAACUUUAAAACCGGGACUAAUAGCAACAUGGGAUCUUCAGAAAUGGUAGGAGGAUAGCAGGACCUACAAACUAGUAUCAAGGUCAAAUAAGUCCAGUGACCUUAGAUAAUAAACUUGGUAUUACUUAAGAACUAGGUCUGAUAAAAAAAAUGGGGUCUUCAGAGAGGAUGAUAGGAUCUACAAAUUGGUAUCAAGGUCGACAGACUCCAGUGACUUUUAUCUAUGACCUUGAGCAUAUAAAUGCAUAUAACUUUAGAACUGGAAUUGAUAGAGACAAGAGACCUUCAGAAAUGAAAGGAGGAUGAUAAGAUCACAUACUAGAAUGAAGUUCAAGUGAGUCCAGUGACCUGACCUCUUACCUUUGAACAUAAAAUAUGUUUUACUUAAGAACCAGGUCUUAUAGUGAUACAGGUCUUCAGAAAUGAUAAAAGGAUGAUGAGAUCUACAAAUCAGUAUCAAGGUCAAGUGACUCCAACGACCUGACCUCUGACCUUGAACAUAUAAAUUCAUAUAAUUUUAGAACUGGAAUUGAUAGACAUUGGAUCAUCAGAAAUAAUAAAAGGAUGAUGGGAUCUACAAAUUGUUAUCAAGGUCAAGUAACUCCAGUGACCUUGACCUCUGACCUUAAACAUGCGUCUGGUAUAACUUUCGAUCUCGGACUGAUAGAGACUUGGAAUCUUCAUAAUUGAUAAAAGGGUGUAGUGACCUACUAACUAGUGUCCCUAGUGACGUUGACCUUGUUUUCAAAAACUUGAAUAACUUUAGAACUAGGACUGAUAGAGACAUGAGAUCAUCAAAAUGAUGAGAGAAUGUUGGGACCUAUGAACUAGAAGCAAGGUCAAGUGACACCAGUUUUAAAGGGGAUUUUUUGAAAAAUUUUAAAAUCAAAGUCGUCGUGAUCUAGACUUUUUAAAUGAAGUUACAAUUGGCUUGGAUUUUGUCGAGGGAGGAAAUUCGUAGUACUCAGAAUAUACAGUCAGUGCUUUGUUUAGGAGACUUUAUAAUCGGUAGAUUAUAAUCACAUCUUGUACAGUUUCGAUUUCAUCCAAUAUAUCUUCUAUUUUAUACUCCAAUACGUGUAUUUCAGUUUUAUAACUUAUGAUACAAGUACAUGUAGUUGAGACUUAGAACUAGUUCAAAUGUUGUAAUUUAUUAAUUUGGUUAAUAGACUGUAUAUUUUUCCACACAGAUUUUUAACACUUUUAAAUAAAUUUACUCCAAAUUUGUAUAGAAAUUCAGUAUUUUCGCCAAUAAUUUAAAAAAAUUGCUCUCCAAUCCCCACUUGUUUUAGUUUCAUUUUAAAUUUUAAGACAAGACCUUGAAAAUUAUGAGAAAUUUCAGAAAUUAACACUCCUAAUAUGUCCUUUUAAACUUUCAAAUUUGAUAUCAUGAAUUUUUUUGUAUAUCAGGUGCAAAAAGGUCAUUAUUUAUUUCCGUUACUAGUAUUAAACUUUUUAAUCUGUAGUGUUAGAAGACGUGAUUAUGUAUGUAUUUUAUGUAAUGAUUGAUUUGUGUUGCUUUUGUUGUGUUGACACCAACCACUAACAGAUCAAUUCAAGUUUGAUUGCAUAAAUCUUGAGUCGAUCUUAAGUGCAAAAAGGUAAUGUUUAAAACACUGUAGUUCAAUAACAAGCAUUGCGACCCUAGUUUUUCUUUUCAAUAUCCUAAUUCUCCUUAAAUGUAGAAAUAAAACACACACACACACACACACACACACACACACACACACACACACACACACA